CGAGUUUUCAAUUUCUUCACUCAUAAAUAUCAUUAAAUGCGCAGGAGAGAAAAUGGGUGUCUCUCACUGUCUCGUUAAUUACUGAGUAUGAAUUUUCUGUUUUGGAAACUGCAUGUAGGGGUUUGAUGAUUGAAGAAUCCUACUGUCAUCACUAUAAUAAAUAAAUCCCUGUUCUUUUUCUUAAUUUUCUCAAUUUUCUCAUUUUGAAUUUCCUUAAUCUUCGCGAGUCCUGUUCUCGUGUGGGAAUGUUUUAAAAAUCCGAUCUUUACCUGUUUUUCUUUCCUUUGAUUGCAUUUGAUUUCCUUUGAUUAAGUUAAACCGUUUCUGGCGUAAUGGGCUGUGCCAAUUCGAAGCGAAAUGUAGUGUGCGAGAAUUGCCACGCACCUUUCUCGCCGGGCCGGCGGAGUUUGGACUCCGAACGGCCGCCGCGGAGAAAGGCGGAGAGCCACCCCCACCACGUGGUUGCUCUCACUUCCUCCACCCUUGGGUCGAUUCUGCUCGACCCAUUAAAUAAGAGUCCGGUUCUCCGUGCUGCAGCGGACGGCGGCGAAAAACUCCCAACCGAAAACAAGCUUCCGGAGAUAUCUACCGGCGGCGAGCCGGAGACCAUCGACGUCUGGGAAUUGAUGAAGGACCUAGAAGAUUGCGCCCGUCUCGUCCGCAGUUUCUCCUCCCCUGCUUCUACCAAUCACUGGUCGGAAUCUAUUUCGACCUUGGGCUCAAACGACACAUCCGUCGGAUUCUUAUCGGAGUUUGAUCCCGCCGUUAUCGAAUCGUUCCGGAAAGCCCUCUCAGAGCUUCCGCCGGCGGGCACCGGAGAUAAAGCAAAAACAGGGGAAGCUAAAAUAGAAACAGAGCAUAAUAAAAACAGGGUCAUCUUCUACUUCACGAGCAUAAGAGGAGUUCGGAAGACGUACGAGGAUUGCUGUAACGUUAGAUCCAUUCUACAGGAACUGAAAUUGAAAAUCGAAGACCGAGACGUAUCUAUGCAUUCCGGUUUCAAAGAAGAACUGAAAGAGAUGUUUGGGGAAGAUUACAGCUUGCCCAGAGUAUUUAUCGGCAAGAAACACAUCGGCGGAGAGAAUGAAAUCCGGCGAAUGCAGGAGGAAGGGACGCUGGAGAAGCGAUUUGAGUGUUGCGAAAAGGUGGAAGAAGGCGGCGGCGACGGCGGUUGCGAGGCGUGUGGAAAUAUAAGGUUUGUGCCGUGUGACACGUGUAAGGGGAGCUGUAAAGUUUUUUGUGAAUGUGGGAAUGGGAAUGUGGAGGGGUCUGGGUUUGAGAGGUGUCCGGACUGUAAUGAAAAUGGGCUAAUUAGAUGUUCGGUUUGCUCUGAUUAUUAGGGCUCUCUUAAACCGUAAAGAAGAAAUGUUUUCCCUUAAUUUAGAGUUUUAGUUUCUUUUUGUAUAUAAACCAAGUAUAAUAAUUGUAUGUUAGGGCAGAAAUAAGGCGGUUAACGAGCCGAACCGAGCCCAAAGUAUCUUGUGUUCUUGAUAUCAGGUUUGUUUGAGUUCGAGCUUGAAGCUGCGCUCGACAACCUUUACGCAUGUGGUUCAGGUUCAGCUCUACACAGUUUGAUUUGUGUGAUCAAUAAGCUUAAUAAACAUGAUAAAAGUUUAGCUUAUCCUCAAAUUAUUCAAUAAGUACAUGAUUUGUUUAUAAUUGUUGAGGUUUGUUCCCGAAGAUCCGAAAGCCCAACACAAACUUUGGAU